AUGUCUUUCAAUGAUCCGGCUGCUCAACGUCCUAUCAUCAAUCAUCAAGAUACUGACUUAAACACUUCUGACAUCGAUUAUUCUAUCAAUCAAUCAACUUCAACCUCAAAUCCAUCCACUUUUCAUCAUCAUCAACUUGAUCAAACUCAACAACAACAACCACUUCAUCUGAAUCAUUCAAUCGAUACAUCUGAUCCAGGCUUUCAGGUUCCUAGUACUGAAGGUCUUGGAUUAUUACCUCCACCAGUUGCAUAUAAAGGUUUCAGUAAUCCCGAUUUGAUUGGUUCAUGUUCAAAUCGAUUUCAACCACCGAUUCGAUCGACGGAAUCUUCUGAUCUCACUCAAUCUCUUGAACUUCUUCUGCCCAUCCCAUCUGACCUUUCACAGACCUGUUUCCUCAAUUCCAAUUACCACCACCAACCUUGGACUCGGAUCGACAGUGACCCAUGUGUCAUGCGCACUGCCACCGAUCUCUUACCAGCCCCAACGUCCUCUGUUACUGAAUCUGAUCAGUUGGCAUUUAAUCAAUUAGUUCAUAACCCUUCAAUUUCCAAUUCAUCUGCUCCUAGUUCUACUACUUUUCCUUACUAUGAUCCUGGUCUUCCAUCAUCUCAUUCAAGCUCUUCGCUACCUUCAAUCUCAAUGUCAACUUAUCCAUCACCUCAUCAUUCCAAUGAACAUCAACCUGGCAACGAGAUGGCUUAUUAUCCCAAUCCUUCUUCAAAGUUAAUCACCCCACCACCUCUCUUUGAUCAAUCAGAACAAGAUUUGUUUUCAUCCUUUUUAAAUAUCUUUGGAGAUUUUAAUGGUGAAUGGGAUUUCGAGCCACAAGGUAUGCCAGAAGGUAUGCCAGUCUUGGGAGAACUUAAAAGACGUUUAGAAGCUGAACAUCAUGAUGAGAUUCGAAUUGAAGGAGAAGGAGGAAAAGAUUGGAUCGGAACGGAAGAAAUGGAACGAGAAGUUAACAAUCGAUUGAAGAUAUCGGAAUCUGAUUCGUUCAAUUCGGUUUCUUCAAGACCUCCGACUAGACUUUCAUCACAUUCUCCUUCUCGUACACGUCAAUCUGGAGUACCUCCUUCACUUCUUUCACGUCCUUCGACUUCUUCUCUUAUCGAUCUUCCAUCAGAGAAUGAAGAGAUGGGAAGAAAGAAGGCUAAGUUAAAGGAAACUACUCAGUUUAUACAACCUAUGGUCAACAGUAGUUCGGGUCAUGAACUUCCGAUUGGUCUUCCUGGUGCUUUUGGUGAUGAAGAUGAUAUUGAAAUGACUCAAUUAAGAGAAGAACCAGUGAUGAGUGGAUCAAAUGAUUGGGAACUCACUCGUCAUUCGAUACCAACCCGAUUCAAUGAUUCCAACUUUCCUCAACCUCAUCAAUUCCAACACCGUCUUCCGUCUCAAGUUUCAUCACUCCCCUUACCAUUCAGUGGGAUCAUUCCGAACCCACCAACCUCAUCAUCUAAUACAACUAUGAACAUCACAUCACAUUCGAACAAUCCAAACGAAUCAAAUAAAAAAACGGCAAUCAAAGAGAAUGAAAGAAACGAAGACACAUCAUCCAAAGGUAUCCCUAACAAAACCACACAUAUUGUAUCAGAACAAAAACGAAGAAACGCAAUCCAAGGAGGAUUUGGAAGUUUAGUAGAAAUCUUAAGAUUAGGAGAACUUCAAUCAGGUAUUACGAUUGGGAUUAUAGAGAAAUCGAAUGGGAAUGAGAAAUCCAAUGGAACUUCGAAUGUUAAAGUUAAAUCGGGUAGAGGUAGAGGUAGAAGAGGUGAGAUUGAAACGGGAGCUAGUAAGUCGGUCGUUAUUGAAAGAGCUGUUGAGUAUGUUAAAUGGAUGAGGUUUGGUAAUCAAGCUUUAUUGAAAGAAGUGGAAAGAUUAGAAAGUAUCAUCCGAUCUGAUGGCUUAGAAAUUUGA